CCUGGCUGGGUUCAGUCUAGCGUUUUCAAGCUGGACGAAGGAGAAGCGAAUGGGCCCACGGGCCUGGCCUUUGUGCUGAGACAAAGAACUUCUUGCCUUGUCGAGCACAGCACAGAUAGCAGCACAGGUUCUUCAGGUUCUUCAGACGCACAGUGCCACUCACAUAAUGGGACGUGCGACGAGAAGACGAAAAGGCAGGAGGACGACAAAGGAGGAGAGGCGGGCGAGGACGACCAAGGCGAGAGGAGCAGCAGCGACGAAGGCUUCAUGGGCAUGACGCCGCUACUGCAAGCUCACCAUGCCAUGGAAAAGAUGGAGGAGUUUGUACACAAGGUGUGGGAAGGUCGGUGGCGUGUCAUUCCUCACGACGUGCUCCCUGAUUGGCUGAAGGACAACGACUUCCUGCUCCAUGGCCACAGACCGCCCAUGCCUUCUUUCCGCGCCUGCUUCAGGAGCAUCUUCAGGAUCCACACAGAGACGGGCAACAUCUGGACACACCUGCUAGGCUGCCUGUUCUUCCUCUGCCUGGGCUUGAUGUACAUGUUCCGACCCAACAUGUCCUUUGUUGCGCCAGUCCAGGAGAAGGUGGCCAUCGGAAUGUUCUUCCUGGGCGCCAUCCUCUGCCUCUCCUUCUCCUGGCUCUUUCACACAGUCUACUGCCACUCAGAGGGCGUGUCCAGAGUCUUCUCUAAGUUGGACUACAGCGGCAUCGCCUUCCUGAUCAUGGGAUCGUUUGUGCCGUGGCUCUACUACUCCUUCUACUGCUCCCCUCAGCCUUGCUUCAUCUACCUGAUGGUGGUGUGCGUGCUGGGACUGGCCGCCAUCACCGUGUCCCAGUGCGACUUCUUCGCCACGCCGCAGUACCGAGGAGUCCGAGCAGGUGUGUUCGUGGGUCUCGGUCUGAGCGGCGUGGUGCCCACCCUUCACUUUGUGAUCAGCGAGGGUCUCAUUAAGGCCACCACCAUCGGACAGAUUGGCUGGCUCUUCCUCAUGGCCACGCUCUACAUCACAGGAGCCUGCUUGUACGCCGCUCGCAUCCCAGAGAGGUUCUUCCCCGGCAAGUGUGACAUCUGGUUUCACUCUCAUCAGCUGUUCCACAUCUUGGUGGUGGCCGGUGCUUUUGUUCACUUCCACGGUGUCUGCAACCUGCAGGAGUUUCGCUACACAGCUGGAGCGGGCUGCACCGAGGACGGCAUGCUCUAACUCGCACACAGUUCACUUGUACCUUACUCACUACAGGGAGCAGCGCUUCUUUCUAACAGCGCACACCCACUAAAGUGGCUUGUUAUGUCCAAGUUGGCCUGACAGGGAGCGCUUAUUCCAAACUGACAGGAAAAGGUUCCCGUUUUGAAUCUUGCCUGCUUUUUGCAGACGUUGCUCCUACUUCAAAACACUUCUCAACUAGCUCACAACUUGACCUACAAUAACCACACAUUUUGGACAUGCUCAAGAUUUCUAUUGAAUUUUUCUAUUAAAAAUGGACAUUUUUGUUAGUUUGGAUGCCGUUUUCUAAUUCAUGUCUGAGAGCAUUCAUAUUUGGGGGAAAAAAACAGAAAAUGUACUUGAAUAUCUUUUACCAUUGUGAAUAUUAUGGGGGUGGGGGGGUUUCAUAGUCACUUUUAAAUAAAAUGAAAAAAAAUCUACUUUUCCAUGUAAAUAAGAUUUCUAAAUUUUGGUUCUAGAUUUGUAUGAAAUAUAUAUAUUAAAAAGGAACAAACAAUAUUUUGGUGACGAUAAGGGGUGCUGCAGUUAUUUCAUUUAUGCAAGAAGAGUAUUUAACGAGUCACUUUUUUCUCAGCUUUGUGCUUGGAACCAAAACUUUAUUUUAUUGCUCAGAAUAUUUUCUUAAUUUGCCCAUUUGUCUUUUUUUCUUUGCUUGCGUCUUUUUUUUUUCAGUCUAAGCGAAACCAAACCUAAAGAAAUCAAUCCAUCAAAAGACAUGAAAAGAUACCAAUAAACUGCUGAACUUUUACAAAUGUUUUGUUCUGAUGAAAAAACCCGAUUUAUUUUCUCAUGGAAUUUAUUUGAUUGAUUUUGUGUUAAUUUAUUGUGAUUGGGGUGUGUUUUCAUGUUGAUGGGAGUGACAGAGACCUUUACAUCUGCUGUAUCGUUCUAAUAAAAGCUUUUUAAGAAAGUCUUA